AUGCAUCCUUCUCACUGGGGUAAGAUUUGCUUUCUCACUACAUCAGAUGGAGAAAAUUGUGGAUUGGUUAAGAAUCUGGCAAGUUUGGGUCUUGUCAGUACUUGCAUAAUGGAACAGGACCAUAUUCUCGAUAAAUUGUACGAGUGCGGGUUGGAAACAUUGUUGGAUGAUACUUCAACUGCUCUCGAUGAAAAGCACAAAAUUUUUGUGGAUGGAGAUUGGGUUGGAAUAUGUAAAGAUUCUGCAUCAUUUGUUGCAAAGCUUAGAGCCUUAGACACAAACGCGCAAAAUGGAAGUGCCACAUCAGAUGUGACUGUAUUCUUUGUUCUACUAACUUGUGAUGGUAUUCCCUUAAAAACCAAUCUGUAUAUUGAGAUCAAAAGGGACCAGCAUAAUGGAGAAGUGCGUAUCUUUACUAAUGCUGGAAGGAUACUCCGUCCUCUUCUAGUUGUCCGGAUUCUGAAGAAGAUUAGAGAUAUAAAGGGAGAAUUUUCAUUUCAAUCACUUUUAGAUAAUGGAAUCAUCGAGCUCAUUGGACCUGAGGAGGAAGAAGAUUGUCAAACUGCAUGGGGAAUUACCUACCUUUUUACAGCGAAAGAAGAGAAUCCACCUAUGAGAUAUACGCACUGUGAACUUGAUAGUUCUUUCUUAGCAGGGAUAAGCUGUGGAAUUAUCCCUUUUGUAAAUCAUGACCAUGCGAGAAGGAUUCUGUAUCAGGUGGAGAAGCAUUCUCAACAAGCAAUUGGAUUCUCCACGACAAAUCCAAAUAUAAGAGUCGAUACUAACAUUCAUCAAUUAUAUUACCCACAUAAACCACUUGUCCGAACAAUGCUUUCUGACUGUCUUGGAAAGCCAAGUUGUGCCCGUCACCACAAGGGGAUUCUGCCUCACCCCGAAUAUUUCAAUGGACAGUGUGCUAUAGUUGCUGUCUAUGUUCAUCUUGGGUACAAUCAAGAGGAUUCGAUAGUUAUGAAUCGUGCGUCGAUGGAACGUGGGAUGUUUCGUUCGGAACACAUCAGAAGUUACAAAGCUGAAGUGCUUAACAAGGAAGCAUUGGGUACGAAGGUCAAGGCUGAGGACUCUAUAAAUUUUGGAAAGAUUCAAAGUAAAAUUGGGCGAGUUGACAGCCUUGACGAUGAUGGGUUUCCGUUCAUUGGUGCAAACCUUCAAACUAGUGAUAUUAUUAUUGGAAAACACUCAGAAUCAGGGGUUGACCACAGCAUCAAGCUGAAGCACACUGAAAGAGGCAUGGUUCAGAAAGUGGUGCUUUCUGCUAAUGAUGAUGGGAAGAACUUUGCUGCUGUAUCUCUGAGACAGAUACUUGUGAUAUUUAUGCUUGCAUGUAUGGCUCUGCAAGUUCGUGCUCCAUGUCUUGGGGACAAAUUUUCAAGCAUGCAUGGGCAGAAGGGUGUCCUAGGGUUCCUGGAGUCUCAAGAAAACUUUCCUUUCACCAUACAAGGCAUAGUUCCAGAUAUUGUGAUAAACCCUCAUGCAUUUCCUUCUCGACAAACGCCUGGUCAACUUUUAGAGGCUGCUUUGGGUAAAGGGAUCGCCCUUGGAGGUGCACUAAAAUAUGCCACCCCAUUUUCCACUCCAUCGAUGGAGGCUGUAACAGAUCAGCUUCAUAGACAAAGUCAAAUUCAAGAACACAGGGCUAGUCCACCCUCUUACUCGUCAGCCGUGGCAGACCGAAAGCGUUUUGGGGGAAUCAAGUUUGGUGAAAUGGAACGUGACUGUCUGAUAGCUCAUGGUGCAGCAGCUAACCUGCACGAACGCCUCUUCACCCUAAGUGAUUCCUCCCAGAUGCACAUUUGUCGAAAAUGCAAAAACAUGGCAAAUGUAAUCCAAAGGUCAGUACUUGGUGGACGGAAAAUCCGAGGCCCUUAUUGUAGGUUCUGUGAAUCGGCAGAACAUGUUGUCAAGGCAAAUGUGCCAUAUGGGGCAAAGUUACUCUGUCAGGAGCUGUUUAGCAUGGGGAUCUCUCUGAAGUUUGACACUGACGUGUGCUGA